AACAGGCUUAGCGUGGCACUUUGAUUCCUCAUGAUUUGGAGCGCUCCAACGAGUACUUUAUUCCAGCGUAUCUCCCGUUAUCCAAACUCCUCCCAAACCACUCAACCAUCGCCACAACAUCCACAACUUUUAUCAACAUCUAUCAACCAAGGCGUUGAUCCAUCUCCAAAACACCUCUUACAUCAACACAACCUCAUUUCAAUAUGACUGGACGUAAGUAACAUCCUCUUUCUCGCUCUCGCAUCGCGAUAUUUGCGAUUUGUUGUCGUCGCGGUGGUUUUGGUCGGUCGCAAAGUUGGGGAUAGUUGCAAACGCGCUAUUCACUUAUCACCAUCGCAAUCCACCACCUCGGCUUCAACACAACACCAUCACAGUCUCCCGCAUUUAUUCCGAUCAAUGCUAACAUACUUUCAUUACAGGCGGAAAGGGAGGCAAGGGACUCGGCAAGGGUGGAGCCAAGCGUCACCGCAAGAUUCUUCGUGACAACAUCCAAGGUAUCACCAAGCCAGCCAUCCGUCGUCUCGCGCGUCGUGGUGGUGUCAAGCGUAUCUCAGCCAUGAUCUACGAGGAGACCCGAGGUGUUCUCAAGACGUAAGUACCAUAGCAGCACUACAAAUCCAAUUCAAUACUAACAACCAAUCAGUUUCCUCGAGGGUGUUAUCCGUGAUGCCGUCACUUACACUGAACACGCCAAGCGAAAGACUGUCACUUCUCUCGAUGUUGUCUACGCUCUCAAGAGACAAGGCCGUACCCUCUACGGUUUCGGUGGUUAAACAUCGCCACCUUCUUCACCACCUUCGUCCAUUCAAACCUUUCGGCUUCUACCUCGACUUUGGUAUUCCGUUCUUGGAUGUGUUCCUUGUGCACAUGGAACUUUUGAUAGUCUCAUAUUUAUAUGACGACGGUCUAGUAUGCUGUUUACGGCAGGGUUUCGCACAUGGCAAUCGUCCUCGAACCACACCGCUCUCGACCACGAAAUGGUUGCAUUCUGGCCCUACCAUCAACAAACUUUCGAAACAACAAACCUUUUGAUAGUCUCAUCUUGCAUGUAGACGGUCUAGCAGCUUGUUUACGAGCGGGAUUUUUCGAAGACCUGUUGAUUAUAAGGGUUUCUCGCGCAGGAUGUCUAUAUGCCUUUUGGUCUUUGGUGCUUCACGAACCGUACUUGUAUUAUUUGAUUUUCUUCAUGGCGUUUGACACGGUUGGGGUUGGGGAAUACACCUCCUGGUCUGGACGAAAGGGCGUCUCAGAGGGAAGGCAAAGGAAUAUGAUAUUUUGCGAGACUGGAUGAGAAAGUCCGCUGGUAUGUUCAUAGGAGUAAUACGAAAGCAAAUGGCUAGGCCUGAAUACCCAUCAUAAAACU